AUGUUGGCAGGCAGAAAGGAGUCAAAAAGUAUAAACCCCAAACGUAAAGGCCUUGAGAAGGCGUUACAUCAAAUAGAACAGGCUAUCAGGCGACCUAAGUCUGAUGCACCCGAAUCUGAUGCUGCACAGAAAAUCACAUCCUAUCUCCAAGACUUACUGAACAAGACACAAAGUAACCAGCUGUACACCGAGGCCGAUGAGCUAUCAGAGGACACCGACCGGCCACACAGCCCCCAUUCUCCCCAUGGGGUUGAUACAGGUGACGGUUUGUCACUGGACGAUGCAGAGAAUCCGCUGCAACUACUGGCGCGCGCGUCUGACCUUCAGCUACCACCGGCUGAAGUGCGUAGUGUCCAGAGAUGGCGUCCUCUGGAAUCAUUACAGCCAACAGCACCGCCACAGAAUAAUAACGCAGAAGACGAUUCCUCCAUGGCUAGACUAUUUUUUGUCCCCGUCAAGGCGCAUUUGGACCUUGGCCCAGACAUGGACCCCGUCGAGCUAGGCCUCGUCACCCUCGAUGAAGCCGAGUCUCUUUUUGUCUUUUUUUAUCAAGACCUUGCUCAUACUCGAUGGGGCCUUGAUCCCGUCGUCCAUACUACGUCUUUUGUACGUUCACAGUCGGCUUUCCUUUUCACAUCAAUAAUGGCCGCGGCUGCUUUGUUCUUACCAUCAGCGGCCGCGCUAUCGAAGAGGCUGUCUAGACACUGUAAGUCGUUGGCUCAGAUGGUCAUAACCAAACGGUUCAGAUCAGUCGAAAUAGUCUUAGCUUUCAUGGUGAAUGUUCCUUGGAUGGCCCAUGGUAAUUACUUGGGUGACGACGACACUUGCUCCUACAUUGCGAUGGCCCUUGCAAUUGCACUGGAUUUGUCUCUAAAUAAGAUUGUUUUACCAUCUACUAGCUUUGACAACGGCGUUAUAAGACGGCUUGCCAAGGCCGACUGUAUUGACGCAAAGAGAGCAUUGCACAUGGAUGGUUUUGAUAAUGUCGAUCCAAACUCGGAAUGGGGCCAGAGGCUGCUGCGACGACGUGAAAGGACCUGGAUUGCUUUGUUCGUUUUAGAACGAGGCGUAUGUUUAGCUCGCGGAAGAAGCUACACUGUUCCCCAGACUUCCCUCAUCGUAAGUUGUGACCGAUGGCAUGUUUCGAACUUUGCAGACGCGCGUGAUGGGCCUAUGAAUUCGAUGGCGGCCCUCCGAAGAAAUCUGGAUGAUCUAUUCAAGAAGGUCAAGUCCAGUUGCGAUAACUACCGGGUCACCGAUGCUGGCUCAGAAGCUGCUCAAUCGAUUAAGACCAUGAUAGAAAGUUUCUAUGAUCGCUGGUAUGAAACAUGGGGACCGGCGAUUGGGGAGGGUCAAUCGUAUUCCCUUCCACCGUACGUGGAAAUUCUAGUUACCCACACACGAUUAUCAACGUAUGGUGGUGUGAUCAAUCAUCCCACGGCGCCACUUGAGGUAAAGCGUUUCUUCCGAGCGGCCGGCCUUUCCUCAGCGCUGAAUGUAAUGAGGGCAGCUAUCCAAGGAGAAUCACGAUUAAAAUCGAUGCCAAACAACACGGUCAUUAUGAUUUCAUUCGCCGCAUGCUCUGCCCUCAGCCUCAGUGUGGUGCCAACGGAUACCAGAUCCAGCCUGGCCCCAAGUGUACGGAAUUUGAUCGAGGAAACUGCAGGCGUACUGGAGCGCAUCGGGGCGACCCCCAGUCAUAGGAACGGUGCGUCUGUGCUUUACGGACGGUAUCUAAGGGAGCUAGUUCGACGAGGCUCCGAGAAUCAAAACGAACCACGGAUGCCGGCCGAGGCGACCCUGAGAUCACCAUUAGCCUUUGACGGGUACGGCACUGUGCCCCCAGUGUCGCAACCGCCAUUUUCACCUUUAUUUUGGUCAGAGCCGCUGCAGUUCUCGGCUAUGUCUGAUGGACAGAUCAUCGAUGCUGUGAACCGAGCGGGCAUCACCUUCGGGACGGGUGUGCCGGAUGUUCCACUGGACGAUUUAAUGAGUUGGGACUGGCUGGAUAUUGGAAAUGUAACUGACUUUGGCUUCUAA